AUGUCUAAUAUCAAGUCUGCUGUGAACAGCUCUGAAAUCAUUCGUCCUCCAGGUUUUUACAUCAUCGGAUUUCAGUCGUUUCCCUUCAUCAGCGUCUACUUUAUAUUUCUAGCCUUCGUCUACGUGGUCACACUGCUGUUCAACGCUUUGGUCAUUUAUACAGUUGCAUUGAAUGGUUGUUUACACACGCCAAAAUUUGUGGCUGUGGUCAACCUCGCAUUCAUCGACGUCAUCCUCAACUCUUCUACUAUUCCUGGGAUGAUGAAAAUCUUCCUGUUCAAGGAAAACUUUGUUCCUUUUGACCUGUGUUUGGUGCAGAUGUUCGUUUACUACACGUCUGCGUCUCUGGAGUCGUUUGCGCUUGCUAUUCUCGCCUAUGACAGGUUGGUUGCGAUAUGUUUCCCCCUGCGUCAGAACUCUCUGAACACGCUGCGCAGCAUGUCCUACAUCAUCAGCGUGACCUGGUGUUUUACUCUGGGCAUCUGUGCGUUUGCCAUCGGGAUAAUGACUCAACUGUCUUUUUGCAAAUCUGUCAAUGUGUACGGUUACUUCUGUGACUAUUUGCCUGUAUUUACACUGGCCUGUAACGACUACUCACUGCACUGGUAUCUGGCCUCAACUCUCUUUAUAAUGAUUCUCGGUGGACCCUUUAUUUUUAUUUUUCUGUCCUACAUCAGCAUCCUGGUCACUGUGUUCAGGAUGAAAUCUAUAGACAGUCGAGUAAAAGCUUUGGCUACUUGUGUUGAGCAUCUGAUCCUUGUUGCUCUGUAUUACAUUCCUCUUAGUACUAUUUUUAGUGUGCAGUAUUUUAGUGUGCGACCCCUGGAUGUAGAGCAGUGGGUGCUCAGCCUGUCUCUGGCCUCAUGUUUACCACCUUGUGUCAAUCCCAUUGUAUAUUCUUUUAGGACUAAAGAAAUCAGAGUCAGAGCCCUGGCUCUUAUAAGAGCAAAGAAAACAGGCAUAGACGUAAAAUUUGGUUAAGAGAGAAAAACAAUGUUUGAUUUUUAUGAAUCAUUUCAUGAUGAUGAUGUCAAAUCUAAAAUAAUAUCAUUAAGGAUGGAGUGAUAAGACUUUAACUAAUUAUCCUAAGCACUAAAACACAAGCUUCCAGGCAGCUUUGAGUCACUAGUUAAGCAUAGCCCUGACUGCAUCUGUUACUGGACAAAGCCCUCUUAGAACUGAGGAUCUGAAGCCAGCAUCAUCUUCAACACCAGUCUGCAGUGGAACAACAGUAUAGGA